GCGAACAAGCCAGAAGACCACGUGCAUUAACCUCAAUCCAAGGAAAGGUAUGCGUUUAAAUCGGGGUUAACUAUGCGCAGUGCGGGUACUGUAUUCCGUACAUACCAGGGGGUUAGUUACUACUGGCCAAGUGCGCGAAGCACCCCUAUCUUGCCUCACUGUGGUUAGGUCUUCAAGCUUGAAAAGAAUCCCGAGUCAGCUCAGCAUUGAAUGUGCUUGGCCCGGAAUCUUGGCGCGAGUGUUUGGUACUUUUCGUUAAUUCUCCCUGGCCUGAGGUAAAGUGGUAUGUAUGCAUAUCGCAUCAUUAUGGAAAUUCAAUCGCCUUCGCACGCUUUUAUCGAAGCCCAAUCCGCCCAUGGUCCAUAGAUGAAGCUACGAACAGCUUUCCUAUAACAUCGUUUGCUUGCCGAUGCCGAGGAUGGCGCUUAGUGCGGUAGAUCGAAGGUAGAAAUCUAGGCGUCUUACAUAAGCGGUCACCUACGUAUGACGCGGCGCAGCUUGGGGCCAGGCGGGAUUAGCGCCUUGUUCCUGAAACAUCCACCCUGGCCUUAAUAAUAUCAAACGUUUUCUCGUUCACGAACGCUCAGGCUUUAACUCCCCCGCCGAGAAGCCACUGGCCCCUUAUCUACCUUUCGUCCGCUCCUGCACGUCACGCACUGUGCGCCAGUUUUGUUCUGUCGGGUUGCGACCUGUCUCCAUCCUCCCUUCCCUCAUCGACAAGACCCCUCCUCAUCAACAUCUUGAGCACACUGCUGCAUGGCCUCCCUCACCGUCCACCCCUCCUUAAUCUUUCGUCUGAUCACAUCCUAACACGCACUCGUCCGGACGUCCCAUCUCGCCUUUCCAUUUGGGCGGCCAUCGUGCGAUCCGUUUACGUUCCCUGGGGGAAUCCCGCCGCUCGUUUCUGUCUAUCAACACCCUUAAAACCAUAGUAUACUUUUUGUAUAUAAACCCCCCGUAAACCAAUCGACAUCCAAUCGUCACAAAUCCCGCAGAAAAUUGCUGGCUCGAUUUCUGUACGGUCUUUAGAGGGCUUGGAAGUCAAUCGAUCGAUAUACAUUUCCACAUUUUCGCAUCGAGCUGUGGUUCACACAGCUGUAUUUGCCUGGGUUGUUUAUUGGCGUUAACAUUGAGGUUCUUAGAGCGGCGGGAGCGAUUAGCUCCAGAUAUUUAUCAUCAUGGUUUCAGACAAAUAUAUCGGAUUGGCACUUGCCAUUGUGUCUACCAUGGCUAUUGGCUGCAGUUUUGUAAUCACUAAAAAGGGCCUAAUGGACGCUUCUAGUAGACAUGGCUUUGAGGGAGAUGGGUUUUCAUACUUAAAGAGUCCGAUAUGGUGGGGGGGGAUAAUAACGUUGGUUCUCGGAGAAAUUGCGAAUUUUGCAGCAUACGCCUUUGCGCCUGCGAUUCUAGUGACGCCUUUGGGGGCCCUCAGCGUUCUUAUAGGUGCUGUGCUAGGGGCAUAUUUUCUGGGAGAGCGAUUGGGAAUACUUGGAAAACUGGGCUGUGCAAUGUCAUUACUUGGCUCCGUCAUUAUCGUUCUCCAUGCACCACCAGAUGAAGAAAUCGAAACGGUGGAUGAGAUUUUAGAGUACGCUAUUCAACCAGGCUUCCUUCUUUACUGUGUAGUAGUUGCCAUAUUUUCAACAGUUAUGAUAUAUAGGGUGGCCCCGAAAUAUGGGAAGAAAAACCCUCUCAUCUACAUCUCAAUUUGCUCGACCGUCGGCUCAGUUUCUGUUAUGUCUGUCAAGGCAUUCGGAAUCGCGCUGAAACUUACCCUAGCUGGUCACAACCAGUUCUCGCACCCAUCUACGUACGCCUUUGCCAUUGUUGUUGUAUGCUGCAUUUUGACACAGAUGAACUACUUCAAUAAAGCAUUAAGCCAAUUUUCAACCUCGAUUGUGAAUCCUCUAUAUUAUGUCACUUUUACGACCGCAACGCUAUGUGCCUCGUUCAUUCUUUUCCACGGCUUUAACACGACUGAUCCAGUCAACACUAUUUCACUUCUCUGCGGCUUCCUGGUUAUCUUUUCCGGGGUUUACCUCCUGAACUUAUCCAGGACUGAUCCCGAUGGCCUUUCACUAGCUGGAAAACGCGGCGAAGACGAUGGCGUCCCCACCGAUGGAAUUGCAUCUAUUCAGACCCGCCUGUCAUUGCAGAAUCGAAGGAGUAUGGACCGACAUCGACGGAGCUCGUCGAGUCUUGAUUAUUACGGAGGUCCUAGUGACCGUGAAGGGCUCAUGCGUUCUUAUGAUGUCGAAACAGGCGCUUUCGGCCUACAAGAUCUUACGGAAGAGAGUGAUGACGAUCAUCAAGAGCACUCGACGCAGAAACGGAACGGCUCCGCGCUCCCACCAACCUCGUCGAAGGUUCCUGAGUCAUGAAACAAAAAAUUCCUGAGGAUCAUCCACGCUUUUUUCCACCCUACCUUGCUUCCUAGUUUCCCCGACGUAUUCUGCCUGUUUAACCAAAACUAAAAUCAAACCUACCUUUUUUUCCUCAACCUCCCUCGGGUAUAUAAGGUUUUUUUGCCUAUGACAUAAUGGAAACGAUCACGAAAAAUACACCUCUAUUUGUGACGAUCCAUUUUCUCGCCCCCUCUCCCUCCUUCCCUUAUCAUGGUUGUACAGGCCGGAGUGGGUUCAAACAAUCAAACAUCAACAUCGUUCUAUGAUGCGGAACUAUAUUUCCUUUCAUUUUCCCUUUUUGUUGCCAAUCGGUCGAGUUUGGGGGGACAUAUUUGUUCAUCUGGGUUAGGCUAGGGUUCGGUCAGGGCUAUGUUUGUUGGGUUCAGGCUAGGUAACGAAUCUCUCCCGCACUUAUAUCUGUCCUCAUGCAUUGUAGAAAGCUGGAGUAUUAUGGCGUUCGUGGUUUUGAUGCUGUUACUCCUUUUUUUCCUGUCUCCUUUACUUGCAUUUUUGUGAGGGGGUUCUUCUACUUGACAUAUACGUCUUCUUUUUCUCCGUUUAUUACAUUUCUCUCUUGUUCCUUUCGCAGCUUCACAUUAUCCUUUGCUUGUGGUCCUUGUUUCGUUCUUAGUUUACGUUCUUUUUCACGAAACGACCAUCUUGGUUGGGUUGAAUGUGAAAGGAAAGAAACACGGAAUUACCUACCUAGGUAUGAACAUGGAAAAUCCAAAUAGGUACAAUCAUAAAGGAACCAAACAUAAACCGGCGACGAUGACGUCGCGGCCGUUAUGAUGGAGCCAUCUUUUUCAACCUUCCUCUCCCUUGUUGCUCGAGCGCCUCUUUCAACUUACCGCCCUUUCUCCAUUGUAAAUAUUUCCCUUCCAUCUGAGCCGAUCUCUAGAUCUAUUAUCCACCGGUAUAUUGUAAAUAGCUGUACUAUUUUUGAUUCUCGUAGUAACACUAAUACUGUACAUACAUCCAUUAUAUAUGACCCUAAUCUGUCAGAUUUGACUCAAGGUCACAUACUCGUUUCUUAUUAGCGUUUACUUUUGCACACACUCAUAUACAAAUAUACACGUAUCCGAUUUGUUAGAUCUAUAUACAAGUAGGUUAGAUCCACUCGAUUUGAGACUACUGCACCAGCAAAUUAUUUGAUCUACCCACAAAUACACAUACAUGCAUGCACAUCAAGUGGCGAGAAACAUCAUGUGUUAUCACGUCUCUCUCAAGGUAACAGUGAUGAGGUGUUUAGAUCUGAAUCACUCUAGAUCAAGAGGGGAUGAGGAUGCGGAG